AUGUCGGACAACACGGACUAUAUGAUCAAGCCCGAUAACUCGGGCCAAAAGCUCGACUCUUCGGAGUGGCCCCUCCUUCUCAAGAACUACGACAAGCUUCUUGUGCGCAGCAGCCACUUUACCCCGAUUCCGCACGGCUGCUCGCCGCUGAACCGUGACAUUGCUUCGUAUGUCAGCAGCGGUGUUAUCAACCUGGACAAGCCGUCCAACCCCUCGUCGCACGAGGUCGUCGCAUGGAUUCGCCGCAUUCUGCGUGUUGAAAAGACCGGUCACUCGGGCACGCUCGACCCCAAGGUUACGGGCUGCCUGAUUGUCUGCGUUGACCGCGCUACUCGCCUGGUCAAGUCGCAGCAGGGCGCCGGUAAGGAGUACGUUGCUGUGCUCCGCCUGCACGAGGCUCUCCCUGACCCUACCAAGCUUCCCCUGGUGCUCGAGACGCUCACCGGUGCGCUGUUCCAGCGCCCGCCGCUGAUUUCGGCUGUCAAGCGCCAGCUGCGUAUCCGCACGAUCUACGAGUCGAAGCUCAUCGAGUUCGACAAUGACCGCCACCUCGCCGUGUUCUGGGUGAGCUGCGAGGCGGGCACGUAUAUCCGUACGCUCUGUGUCCACCUGGGUCUUCUGCUGGGUGUCGGCGGCCACAUGCAGGAGCUGCGCCGUGUUCGCAGCGGUGCCAUGAGCGAGGCCGACGACAUGGUUACGAUGCACGAUGUGCUCGAUGCGCAGUGGCUCUACGACAACCAGCGCGACGAGUCCUACCUCCGCAGGGUCAUCCGCCCUCUCGAGUCGCUGCUGACCGGCUACAAGCGCAUUGUCGUGAAGGACAGCGCUGUGAACGCUGUGUGCUACGGUGCGAAGCUCAUGAUUCCCGGUCUGCUUCGCUUCGAGUCCAGCAUUGAGCUGAACGAAGAGGUGGUCCUGAUCACCACCAAGGGUGAGGCGAUUGCGAUUGCCAUUGCACAGAUGUCCACCGUCGACCUGUCGACUUGCGACCACGGUGUGGUGGCCAAGGUGAAGCGCUGCAUCAUGGAGCGCGACACUUACCCCCGCCGCUGGGGUCUCGGCCCCAAGGCGCUCGAGAAAAAGAAGCUCGUCAAGGACGGCAAGCUCGACAAGCACGGCCACGAGAUCCAGGGUGUGACGCCGGAGGCGUGGUCGAAGGGAUACGUCGACUACUCGCAGGCCGAAGCCGAGGGUGCGGAUACCUCGAUGGCCGGCGACGUGUCGGUUGCGCAGGAGGCCGAGGAGGCUGACGAAGAGGAGGAGAGCGCCAAGGACGCCAAGAAGAAGCGCAAGGCCGACGCUGAUGACGAUGACGAGGAGGAGGUGAAGGAGUCGGAGGAGGAGCGCAAGCGCCGGAAGAAGGAGAAGAAGGAGGCCAAGAAGGCCAAGGAGGCCGCUGGCGAGGGUGAGAAGAAGGAGAAAAAGGAAAAGAAGGAGAAGAAGUCCAAGAAGGACGAGUAA